UCUCACUAUUCUUCUCACUCAAAAAAAAACACAUAAAUUUCAGAAACAUUCACCACAGAGCGAGUAUUCCAUACAGUAUCUGUAGUCUAUCCGUGUCGUCGAGUGGACAUAGUUACUAGCGUAGAGGAUUUUGCUAUUUUCGCGAUUUUCCAGUGAUAAAAAGUGAAACCACAUCUGCUGGAAAGCAUCCUCAGCUGAAAAGCUAAUAAACUCUGCCAGUUCAACUUUGUUCCGUUCGGUAAGCAGCAUUAAGAAGAUGCCUUGCCCAUUCCUGACACGUCUGAGCACCAGCUAUGUGCGCAAUUACGGUCCUGCCCUGCUGAAGGCGUACGGCUCCCAGUGUCCGGUCGUAACGCGUACGAUUUCGACGCUGCAAGGAAACCUGCCGAUUGCUAGUGGAGCCGCUGGGGCUGGCACCGAACCAGCCGCUGUUGGUACCCCUGUGGCCCUGAAGGAACCGCUAGCGGUUCCUAAGCCGGAAAUUAAGCCGCAAAAUCGUACCCUUAGCUCGCUGCAGCAACCGAAAGCGAAAGAGGAAGGCAAAAAGUGCCCCUUCCUGGACUCGGCUGCUCCGCAUCUCAAGGAGCUUGGGGAAGAAAGCGUGGAUAUGCCCUCAAGUCGUCCGUUCCCGUACGAGGAAUUUUUCCAUGAACAAAUCAUGCGUAAGAAGAAGGAUCAUUCGUAUCGCGUUUUCAAGAAGGUAAACCGUCUUGCAGAGGAAGGUAAGUUUCCGCAAGCUUUGGAAUACUCAUGGGGUGAGCGCCCGAUUACGGUCUGGUGCUCGAACGAUUAUCUCGGAAUGUCCUGUCAUCCUGAGGUCAAGAAAGCCGUUUCCCAAGCCUUGGAAACGUAUGGAGCCGGCGCUGGUGGUACACGCAACAUUUCUGGCAAUUCGUUGAAUCACGAGAACCUGGAAAAACGUUUAGCUGAGCUUCAUCAAAAAGAGGGAGCUCUAUUGUUCACCUCAUGCUUUGUUGCGAACGAUUCUACGCUAUUUACGUUAGCCAAGGCUUUACCGGGAUGUCAUAUCUUCUCGGAUGCCGGAAACCACGCAUCGAUGAUUCAAGGAAUUAAAAACAGUGGAGUGCCCAAGCAUAUUUUCCGUCAUAAUGAUCCCGGCCAUCUACGGGAGUUACUUUCGAAGGUAGAUACAGCGCUGCCGAAAAUUGUUGCAUUUGAAACCGUUCACUCUAUGACGGGGGCUAUCUGUCCACUGGAAGAACUGUGCGAUGUUGCCCAUGAAUUUGGAGCUUUAACCUUCGUGGACGAAGUUCAUGCUGUUGGAUUGUAUGGUGAGCACGGAGCCGGAGUGGGCGAGAGAGAGGGAGUUUUGCAUAAAAUGGAUAUAAUCUCGGGAACACUUGGUAAAGCAUUUGGUAAUGUGGGUGGUUACAUCGCCGGAACCUCGCGGUUGGUAGAUAUGGUACGCUCGUAUGCUGCUGGAUUUAUAUUUACCACUUCGUUGCCUCCUACGGUACUGUGCGGUGCACUUAAGGCCAUUAACAUUUUGGCCUCGGACGUGGGUCGUCAGCUGCGGGCUCAGCACCAAGAUAAUGUACGCUAUCUUCGCACAAAGCUACAACAGGAGGGCUUCCCUGUGGAGCACACUCCCAGUCAUAUCAUUCCAGUUAAAAUCGGAAACCCGGCUCAAUGUACCGAGUUGUCCGAUUCGAUGAUUAAACGGUUUGGCCACUACAUUCAAGCCAUCAACUAUCCGACGGUUGCGCGUGGCGAAGAGAAACUUCGCUUGGCGCCAACACCGCACCAUACGAAGGAGAUGAUGGACAUUUUGAUACGCGAUUUAAAGGUAGUCUGGAAGGAUUUGGGACUACCGUUGAACGGACCGCCGUGCACUGCGGAGUGCACUUUCUGCCGUAAGCCGCUACUGUUCGACCGUUUCGAGUCGCGCAUCAAACCUAGUUGUGCUGCUGAAAUUAACUGUCAGAUUCCUAACUGCCCGCAAAUUGCCGCCAUUGCCAACUAAGGUAGCUACCGCGUCUAGUUACUCAUAUCUACUUACUAUCUGGUGCCCCACCCUACCAUGUGGGGGGCCACGUUUCAUGACGGUGAAUGGUGUUCAACUAACCGGAAAUCGAUAUUCAACAGCAGCAUAUCGCAGCCACAUAAUGCUUGUACCGUGUCCACAAUAAAUUCGAAAAUCUCCCAUCUCCACCUGGUGUUCAAAAACCGUUACAUCCAGUUUUACAUUUAUCGUUUAGAAAGUUAAUUUUUAUUACCCGCGAGUGGGGAAUCCUGCAAUUCUUGUGAUACUAUCUUUGUUGAUGUACUUUUGUGUCUUUGUUAUUUGUUACACUUUCCGUCUAAAGAAAGAAUCGAAAGAAACCUGAUCAAAAUCAAUAUUCCAAGUAUUCAUUGAAUAACACAUACUACCUACUACCAUGUAUUUGUCGUCAGUCUUAAUGUUCACUAGGUAUAAGAAUUACAAAAUGUGUUUGUCGAUAUGUUGUUGACAAUAUUUGAGGCAAAUUGGUACUAUGGAAAAAAUAUAUACUUAUAUGUGUUGCAA